CUUGAACGGCUUGAAUGCCAAAGCGACUGCCGUUGAUGCCAUCCGGAGAAAGCCACGACACCAUCUGGCACCAGUCAAAUUAAUAUCUGGCAUCCGGGGACCACUUCUUGGCUGCAUACUUGCUGAUUCGAGCUUUCUCGUAUCGCUACCGGAGCAGAGGGACUGUGAGCUAUUCACAGUAAUAUUAGACACUUCUGAAGGUCUUAUUCAAGGGGAAUGUGGAUCAGUCGUUGUCGACCAAGAGAGCACCGAGGUAUACGGUCAUGUUGUGGGAUGCGAUCCUUCAGGGCAUGCUCUAGUCGUCCCAUUGGAACAUGUCUUUGCUCAGGUAAAGGCAAGUUUCAGGGCAUCGUAUGUCGGCCUUGAUUCCUCUUCCUUG